AUGCUUAAGCCCAUCAUCGAUGACCAGUACGUGGCCGCUAGGGCGUAUUUCCUCUGCGUUAUCGGAAUGCUGUUCUUUGAGAGCAUGCUUCGAAUCCCGUCAUAUCUCCAAUUUCUCUACCGAAGAGGCCGCCCGAAUACAUCACGCCGAAAGCACUGGAAGAUCUAUACCACCAUUCACAAGAUCAUCACGCUGCCUUCUCUCAUCCCAUUUAUUACUCGCAACAAUCUUUCCAUUCUCCUACGCGUCUCUGUCUUUACAUUUCUCAACUUCCUCUGGGGCUGGAACAAGUUCGCUUAUACCACAAAUUACCAACUCUAUGGCUGGCUCACUAUUGCCAACGGUGGGCUUAGUCUCCUCGUCGGCGCGCGCACCAAUCUCUUCGCCCAUGUUGCUCGUAUCCCGUCGGCUGUGCUACUGAUGUACCAUCGCUGGAUCGGAUUGGCAACAUUUAUACAUGCGACGCUGCAUUGUAGCCUCAUCAUACAACACUAUGUGCAGACUGACCAAUUUUAUACCGCCGCGCAGGCGCCUCGUAUCCCUGUGGGUAUCGCUGCAUGGAUCGCACUAGCCAUCAUUGCAAUCACAUCCGUUCCCAAGAUUUUUCGUCGACGCUGGUUCGAAGCCUUCUACUAUCCGCACUUCUUUUUCCUCGUUUUUAUUGCCGGGGCGUUAUACCACGCCAAAAUGGGACCCGAAUUUCUUCUCCCUGGAUUUUGCCUCUGGGUAAUUGAUCGUUGCAUUCGAUUCUACAAUAACUUUCGCAGCCUCAAUGUCAAAUCAGUUACACACUACUCGGGAGGCGUAACGAAGUUCAACAUCGCAGGGGUAGCGCCAUCCCAACCUGGUCAGAUAGCAUGGGUACAGAUUCCCAGCGUGUCAUUCUUCAAUUGGCAUCCGUUUACUAUUGCUUCGGCACCCGGACAAAAUGAGACCACGAUUGCCAUCAGAGCUCUCGGUUCAUUCACAAAGAAGGUGCAGAAAUUUGAUGGAGACCAGAUAGAAUUGACCCAAUCAAUAAUGACCGAAAGUGUGACGUCUCAAGAUGCAUCCACUCACAUAAAAUACCCCAAAGUACAGAUUGAUGGCCCUUAUGGCGUUGGUCGCUUGCAUUGGGGAGCAAAUCCGGUGGUGGUUCUCGUGGCGGGCGGAAUCGGCAUCACUCCCAGCAUCAGCAUCGCGACAUACAUCGUGAACCAAGCCGUCGCAGGACUUGCUCUCAACACUGGUGGUUGGCAUAUUCAUAUCUUGUGGACAGUCAAACAAGCUGGUCAUAUUUCCUGGUUUGAAACUGAGCUGAAGAAUCUCGCCAUUAUAGCGUCAAACUCAGCUGUGCCUGUCACAGUGGACUUAGCAAUUCAUGUUACAAGCGAUGGAGAGGAGGUGGUGGAAUCCGCAAAGUAUGAGGGUCUCGGGGAAGUUUGUCAAGGCCGGCCAGAUGUAAUGAAAUGGUUUGAGAGCGUGAGAAAUGCGAGGCUAGGCAUGGAUGCGUCAGUCAAUCUAUGCGGACCUGCACAGUUAGUGCGUAGCGCAAGGAUAGCGGCGUCAAAGGCAAGCUGUGAGGAUAUUCUGUUUCACGUUGAGGAGGAGAUAUUUGAAUUUUAG